ACUGACUGGGGAGGGAAAAGCAGGGUAAGGGUCACUCGGAGCUGCUCAGCGGGCAGAACCUGUCGGUCGAUCGGUCGAUGUCGCUUCUGCAGCAGCCAUGGCAGAACAGCCGAAGCCCUCUCAGGCACCCAUUAGCCCGCUGAAGAACUUCUUCGCCGGUGGUUUCGGGGGUGUCUGUUUAGUCUUCGUGGGCCACCCAUUGGACACCAUCAAGGUUAGGCUACAGACUCAACCAAAACCUUUGCCAGGGCAGUCUCUACUCUACUCUGGGACCUUUGACUGCUUCAGAAAGACUCUUCUGAAAGAGGGAGUCCGUGGCUUGUAUAAGGGGAUGGCAGCUCCGAUUGUGGGAGUGACCCCUAUGUUUGCUGUGUGCUUCUUUGGGUUUGGCUUGGGCAAGAAGCUCCAGCAGAGGACCCCUGAUGACGUCCUGACAUAUCCCCAGCUCUUUGCAGCGGGCAUGCUUUCUGGGGUGUUUACCACUGUAAUCAUGGCUCCAGGAGAGAGGAUCAAGUGCCUUCUACAGAUCCAGGCAUCCUCAGGUGAAAUUAAAUACGGGGGCCCCUUGGACUGUGCCAAACAGCUGUAUCGUGAAGCUGGCAUUCGAGGCGUGUACAAAGGAACGGUGCUCACCCUCAUGAGAGAUGUUCCAGCUAGCGGAAUGUACUUCAUGACCUACGAAUGGCUGAAAAAUAUUUUGACGCCUCAAGGGCAGAGUGUCAGUGACCUCAGUGUUCCCAGGAUUCUCUUUGCAGGUGGUAUGGCAGGGAUUUUCAACUGGGCUGUUGGUAUCCCUCCAGAUGUGCUGAAAUCACGCUUCCAAACAGCUCCUCCAGGAAAGUAUCCCAAUGGUUUCAGAGAUGUUUUGCGAGAACUUAUUCGAGAGGAGGGAGUGAUGUCCCUGUACAAGGGAUUCACUGCUGUGAUGAUCAGGGCCUUUCCUGCCAAUGCAGCCUGUUUCCUUGGCUUUGAAGUUGCCAUGAAGUUCCUUAACUGGCUUGUACCAAGUCUGUGAGGAGCAGGACAGAAUGUUGUUGGGAGAGAUCUAGGAAAAGAGCAAGAUUGCAGCUGCCUCAGUGGAGUAAAACAGAAUUAUGAAAUGAACUAAGAUAUAGAAAUGACUAGCUUUUUAAUAACCUUUUUUGCCUUACUUGCACCCUCUGGGUGGGACCGUGUUGCCAUUUGGAAUCUUGAAUCACUUUUCUUCCAGCCAAGAGUUCAAGAGGAGUUGAAAAUUCAUACUUCUGCCUUCUAAACCCCAAAUUGCCAGAGCGGUAAUGCUACCACUAGAAAAUCAUCCUGCUAUUAAAAGACAACAUUAUCUGUUCGGGGUAUAAAAGAAGAAGAUUUUAAUUCUCCCUAUUUUAUUUUAGUAAAGAAGUAUCUUUCUGGGGAUAGUACCAAAAACCUUUUGAGGGGGUUCUGGGCAUAGGUAGAACUGGCCACUGUGCACUUAAUUCUCAGGACAGAAUUUAGCACGUCAUUGCCUGUGUUGAUACAAGUCGUUCUGCUUUGAUUUACAGAGACUGGGCACCUUCUGCUUCAGGUUCCUGUGCAAGUUCCAUUGAAAUGAAUGGGACUUGUGUGAGAGUGUUUGUGCUCAUGUGCAAGUCCCAGUCUUUCAGUAGCACUUACAAGUGACACAAUCAUGGCAGGGACAGACUGCAAGCCUCCAUUUGUUGUCUUCAGGUGUGUGGCCCCGGAGUCAAUAGCGUGCCAAUGCUGCCUCGAACUAAUUCAUGUAAACCAGGGAUAGGGAUGCAGCCCUCCAGAUGUUGGUGAACUGCAGCUCCCAUCAGCACUGGCUGCCGUGGGCCAACAACAUCUGGCAUGCCACCUGUUCCCCAGUACGGAUGUAAACUGAAAUUCAGGCAGCUAGAGAAAAAGGGACAAAAAUGAACAGAAUCGUGAAGCUUCUCACUACAGGGUGAUUGGCUAAGAAAUAACUGAUAGGUUCCUUGUAUUAGAAUGUGAUAUAAACCUCAGCCAGAUGAAAUACAAUGGGGUAAUUCUCAGGUUUCUUUGCAAGUCCCGGUAUGUUUGACUGACAUAGACAGUCAGCACAAAAAUGCAUUCUAAAAUACCAUCUUUCUAUAAAAUCCUACCACAUGUGGUGCUUUUCCUGGGCAGCUGGUAAGAUCUUUGACAACAACUUCACAAGUACCAUGCAACCUCAUGGUUCUAUUUGGGAUGUCGGAUUAGGAAAUUUUAUACCUGAGGUCCCUAUACCCAUAUAAUGAUGGCUUUAAAGGCAGGUGUUGAAUAAAACAACAACCCUUCCUUCCAAAGUUGAAGGUGCAUGAAACAGGAUAACUAAGACAAGGUGAUCCCAUUGCCAAUGCAGUCCUGGUUCCAGAGGACUUCAUUAUACAUCUUUUUUAUGCAGUACAUCCCAUGAACAGACCAAGAGGUCUAACUAUCGAUCUGUAAAGAUCUCUGAAAUGCUUCACUGGAUAAAACUAUUUUGUUGUUCAGGACCCAUUAAAGUUUGCUGAUACUCA